AUGGCGUGCGAUGAUAGUGAGAAAUUAAAUUUGAAAGAAAAUUUUGAAUGGAAUGUCGAAAACGAAAUAAAAUUAUUUGAAGCCAUGAUUGGACAUAAACCAGUUGGUAUAAAUAAACAUUUUCACAUGGCAUGCAUAACAGAAAAAUUUGAAAGCCUAUUAGGAAAACAAAUUUCUUCAGAUGUUUUAUGGCAACAUCUUGAGAGUAUGUACGAUUUGACUGCGUUGGAUAAAAAAGAAACUUUGCCCUUUCCAAAUGAACCAGAUGAAUUUUCUCUACCAGAAGAUGAAUAUUCACAUUUGAUAAAUGAAAAGUUAAUGGUUAAAAGUGAUCACGAUGAUACCAAAGAUGGCAAGGAAAGUGGAUUAAAAAAUCAAAAAGAACUAACUCCUGCCAAAGAAUCAUCGAUAAAAAAAGAAAAGAAAAGUGAUUCUGAUGAUUUUUUAAAUAAUGAUGGAGACAAAAAGGAUAAUUGUGAUAUGGAAAGUGAAAGUCAAAAAGGAAAAUUAGGAAAAGAAAUUAAAACGAGAGGGAAAAGAAAUGUUAAGGAUAAAAAAGUUGACUUGGACUCUUCUACCUCUAGCACAGUGAGUAAAAAAGAAGAAAGUUCCUCUAACUAUAGUGCAAAUAAAAAAGACAAACAAACUGUUGGAAAACGAACGUUAAGGUCAAGAGCAGAUGAUUCGUUACCAAUUAAAUCAGUUACACCUCCACCUUCGAAAAGAGCUCGAAGAUUUUAA